CCACGGCUGCCGCCCGGGUUCAGGUUUCAUCCGACGGAUGAGGAGCUGGUGGUUCACUACCUGAAGAAGAAAGCCGCCUCCGCCCCUUUGCCCGUUGCUAUCAUAGCUGAGGUUGAUCUCUACAAAUAUGAUCCAUGGGAACUUCCAAGCAAGGCUAGUUUUGGCGAGCAGGAGUGGUAUUUCUUCAGCCCGAGAGAGCGGAAGUACCCUAACGGCGAACGGCCUAAUCGUGCCGCAACGUCGGGAUACUGGAAGGCCACUGGCACCGAUAAGCCUAUCCUGACGGCGAAUGGCACUCAAAAGAUCGGGGUGAAAAAGGCCCUGGUUUUUUACGGCGGGAAGCCACCAAAGGGCAUCAAAUCCAACUGGAUCAUGCAUGAAUAUCGACUCGUUGACAAGAACUCCAGUGCUAAUAAACCCCCUGGAAUAUCUCUCACCAAGAAAGGCUCUUUACAGCUUGAUGAUUGGGUUUUAUGCCGGAUUUUCAAAAAAGGCAAUCCGAGCAGUCGACCGAUCGAAAUGGAUGAUUCCAUGGAAGAAAUGCCCGUUUCCAUGCCGACUUUAUCGAUGGACGUCGGGUAUCAGAGUUCCUUUCCGGGGCCUGGAAAACCCUCCAGCCAUCACGAUUCCAGGGUUUUGACGUUCGAAGAUGAUCACGGGAAUAAUUUCUUUUCCGGGAUGCUCCCUGGAAGUGGAUCAGCAAUUCCUAGCAACAUCCCGAUCUCUAUAUCUCCAUUAGCAUCUUCAAGUUCAUCAAAAUCCGACUUUCCCAGGAAUAUAUCGUCAUCGUCAUCACAGUAUUGGAGUCCAGUGCCUAUAAAUGGAACAUCAAUGCUCACUUCAGAAGCCAAUGAUGAUUACAAAAACCCUAGCAGCAAUCCAGCUCAUGAUCAUCAUCAUGACAGGAACAUCUCCUUCAUUUCCUUGCUGAAUCAGCAAUACCCCCAAGCAUUCCACCAAAACUCACAGCUGCAGGUUAAUUCUCCAGAGGAAGGGCUCCUGCAUCAUCAAUCAUACCAAUUUCCCACUUCCCACCUUCAAUAAACAGCAAAAUUCGACACCCAUACGAAUAUUAAUUAAUCCCAGGUGACGUAUAUAUACACAUACUCGCAUAUAUACUAUUUUUUGGCAAUUAAUCUGAUAUGUACAAAGCCAUUCAAAUUCUCAUGAAUUAGUUGUUAUUGAGAUAAUUAUGUACAUAAUUAAGGACAAACAGGGUUUGGUUCCUACUCGUAUUCUUGCAGUAAUACUGGUUUUGAACUUAAUCUACUUGCUGAAUCCUCCUAUCCAAUCAUAGCAUAAACAAAUUUGUAUUUAUUAUAUUGUAAUUUCCACGUCGACAUCGUUGAUAUGAAUUUGUAUGUAUAUAUAUGUUACCAUA